AUUCAAGUAGUGUUUAGCGCGGUGAUAAGGGUAGCUAUCUAAGGUCGUACGAUCACGAUGUUUUUGUUGUUUCAUCUAUUAGUCGCUCGACAGAUAUUGAACAUUAAUCACGCUUGUUUCGUUAAUAAGAAAUAAAUAAUUUCCGUACACAACGAGAAUGUCUAAAGUUUCAUGGGAUGAUAAAACUAUGGCAAGGCAAAACGGAAUCGUUCAACCUCUGCUUACUGAUCUUUAUCAAAUAACAAUGGCAUAUGCAUAUUGGAAAUCUGGUAAAGUAAAUGAUGCUGCUGUCUUUGACCUAUUUUUUCGCACAAACCCAUUCCAAGGAGAAUUUACUAUAUUUGCUGGUCUUGAAGAAUGCCUAAAGUUUUUACAGAAUUUUCAUUAUUCUGACAGUGAUAUAGAAUACUUGAGGCAAACAUUGCCAUCAACAAUAGAGCCUGCAUUUUUUGAUUACUUAAAAGAUUUAACCUGUAAGGAUAUCAUUUUAAGUGCCAUCGAAGAAGGGUCUGUUGUAUUUCCAAGAGUCCCAUUAUUAAGAGUUGAAGGCCCCCUGAUAAUCGCCCAGUUGUUAGAGACAACUCUUUUAACCCUGGUUAAUUUCGCAAGUCUUAUGGCUACAAAUGCAGCUCGCUACAGAAUGUUUGCUGGCAAACAUAUCUCUUUAUUAGAAUUUGGACUGAGAAGGGCACAGGGACCAGAUGGAGGACUUUCAGCAUCGAAAUACUCGUAUAUUGGGGGUUUCGAUGGUACGAGCAACGUCUUAGCGGGCAAGAUGUUCAAUAUCCCCGUAAAGGGGACGCAUGCACACUCCUACGUGACGUCAUUCAGUACACUUGAUGACAUACAACGCGUUACAUUACAACACGCAGAAACACGAGAGAAAUGUAAUCUUCUAGAGAAAGCUUUAGAUUGGCGGAACAGGCUCUCGCCAAUAUUGGACGCGUCUCCCGAAGAAGCGAGCGACGGAGAGCUGGCGGCUUUGAUAUCGUAUGCACUAGCGUUUCCUUCGGGCUUCCUCGCGCUGGUCGAUACCUACGACGUGAAGAGGUACCGCUUUGAUGGCUUGCACAGACAACAUAUGAAUGGGCAUUCCGGCUACAAUAGCAACUGUGGAUCCAAUGGUAUUACACCGGCUAUCCGUAGUAGAUGUGGAUACACGGUUGAACGCACACUGAGGAGCGGUUUACUGAACUUUUGCGCCGUUGCAUUGGCAUUACACGAGUGCGGAUAUACAGCUGUAGGGAUCCGAAUUGACAGUGGUGAUUUGGCAUACCUCUCGGUAUUGGCGAGAGAUACCUUCAAGAAAAUAGCUGACACUUUCGACCUGCCCUGGUUCGCUAAGCUGACAAUUGUCGCCUCAAAUGAUAUAAACGAAGACACGAUAUUGAGUCUUCAUGAGCAAGGUCAUGCAAUCGACUGUUUUGGCAUCGGAACACAUUUAGUUACAUGCCAGCGUCAGCCAGCCUUAGGAUGUGUCUACAAGUUGGUAGAAAUAAAUGGACAGCCACGAAUCAAGCUCAGUCAAGAUGUCGGAAAAGUAACAAUUCCCGGUCACAAAAAGGCGUAUAGAUUAUUCGGUGCGGAUGGUCAUGCGCUGAUAGAUCUAUUGCAACGUUCGUCGGAAGCGGCACCUGAGGUCGGGCAGAAAGUGCUCUGUCGUCAUCCCUUCCAAGAAUCCAAGAGGGCCUACGUUAUACCCAGUAAAGUCGAACAUCUUUAUAAGAUAUACUGGAAAGACGGACAUAUCAACACUGCACCAAAGCCGCUGUCCGAAGUUCGUGAAAGAGUUCAGGCCUCGCUAAGAACUCUACGUCAGGAUAUCAAGAGAAAUUUGAAUCCUACGCCAUAUAAGGUCGCAGUAAGCGAUGACCUCUACAAUUUUAUUCACGACUUGUGGCUUCAAAACGCACCGAUCGGCGAAUUAUCCUGAAGUACAUCGAAAACGAAAUUCAACCGGAAUAAAACACUAAAACGUUAACUUUUUUUUAAAUUGUGUUAUUAGUAGACAUUUUAUCUACUAAGUAGGCGUUUAUAGUCUCGGUUUCUAUAUGAAACUUACAGAUGACAGUUAUAAAAUAUUAAUGUACGUUUACUGUAACAAGUGACAUUUAAAAUAUCCGAUUGACAGUUUAAACAGACAGACAGACUAAAUUAAAUAUUUCUUUAUACAUUUCAUUAUUUUACUCUCAGGUAAAAAAGAAACAAAUAUUUUUUGGUGAUUUUAUUCAAAUUUAUAUUGGCAUUAAUUUGUAUGUAAAAUUUAGGAAUCGUGUACAUUUUAAACUAUUUUACUAAUAAUGCUUAGGGACCUGUGAAACUAAACACUGCAUUUAAGGUAGCGAUAGACGACAAAAAUCGAUUUUCAGUUAAACAAAAAUACGGUUUGAUACGCCAUAUUAAUAUAUAUUAACGAAUAUGGAGAAUAAUUUACCUAAUUGAUCUAGGAAAACAACUUUUUUGUAAAACGACUCGUAGCAAUUACGAUAAGUUGUAUUUAAGGAUAUACAAGUUAACCAAAUAAGAAUCAAAGUUUAAUCGCAAAUAAAUAAUAAUAUUUUUACAAUAAUUCAAUAAGUUUUUUAAUCAUGUAGUGUCUCAACAUAUGAACUAAAAAUACGCGCACAAAGUUAGAACAGACUUGUAACGAAAUAUUUUUCCCCCUUUGCUGCGAAUGUGUUAACAGGGAUAAUUUAGACGAAAAAGGAUUCGUUAUGCGAAAUAGGCUAAAACUUUUCAUUGCGAAACUGUGACAUUUUGUUUGAGAGUCAAACGGAUUAUUUAUUAUUUGAGACAGAAUCAAAAUAUGAAUAUUGUAUAAAUAAUAAUUUUCGCCAUAACUGAUUCUUCAAUGUUAACCGGAUCCCAUCAUUGAUAUUUGGUGACGAUCAAUAUCUAAGCGUAAACUUUACUGUAUAUAAUUUUGUCUCUGGUUUUCAUUCUGCCUCUGUGUAGUAUUUUUUUUUUGUAAUGUGGCAUCGUUUCGUGUUUCUUUUUAUAUUCUUGCAAAAAUCUGUCUCUAUGCGACACUUAAAAUGUAGAGUAUUGAUGAAACAUAUUGUGAAAUUUAAGAUUAUCUAAUGUUCUGCUUUUUUCUUGAUGAAUACUAGCUUUUCGCUUUUUGUAAGUUUUAGGGACAUAAGGUAAAAAUGAACAUAUUGUAGUAAUCUGUAUAAGAAAAUGUGUAUUUUAGUGCUUAAUAAAUGGAUUUUUAAUGUUAUUAAUUAAGUCGUAGUAAUAAUUUGUUAUGUUUUUAAUAUAUUUAUAACAAUUUAUAUUUUUAUUUUGUCAAAAUCAUUUUUUAUAUACUAGAUGAUUCUGAAUAAUAUUGUAAAAUAUAAUCUAUUAUAUGUAGAAAAUAUGUUUACUUGUAUUAUGUGUAUGCAAGAAUUAUAAAAGUAACUUUUUAAUUAAACCGGUAUGGUUUUUUUUUGGAUUUGGAGAGGAAGGAAGGAAGAGAUAAAAAAAUAUUAAUUUACAAUUUUAGUUAAUUCUUAAUUUUUUUUAUAUCAAACUUUAAACUUUUAUUUACUUUGCUAAGAAUUUUUUUUAUGAUAUAAUAUUAAUGGCUCCCAAAAAUAUGUGAGCUCUGUAGAUAUCAGAAAAUAUUUUAUAUAUAUUUACAUUGUAAAAAAAUAAUAUUUAUUUAUGUAUACACUCUUUAUCGAAAACAUUCUAUCUAACUCUUAUUCAUAAACAUAAUACUACGAGACCUAUUGAGUGAAUUUUUUGAUCAGACACAAAAAUAAAUGAAUAAGACAAACAUGUUACUUAUUUAAAAUAUUGCAUGUUUAUGAAAAAUACAUAUAGUUCUUGUUAUACUUCAGGUAGAUUAUUGAGAUGUAAAGAGUUUUAUCUGCAGACAUAUUAUUUAUUUAGAUUAGUUUUAAGGCAGUAGCAGAUAAGUCACAUAAUCACUAGAAAUAGCAAUAUAUUGGUGCCUUCAAAUGCAGCGUUUCAGCACAUAUUUUGUGAUUGUUUUAGUAUUUGACAUAUUUAUGGCUUUUGCUUCUAGCAUGUAGUGAUGUAUAUUACACAAUAAAUAGUUUUAUUGUAAUCUA